AUGGCCUCUCCCUUUGCAGGACCUUCUUCUCCCCGCAAAUUGACUGGAUCAACUCCUGGCAUAUUGGAUUCUACGCAGCGCGACCGACUUCUAACGUUCUCUAGAUCAACACUAUCCUUUGCUUCAUUUAAUCCUCGCACUGCGACAUCUUCGCAAUUAACACCAGAUGCACGCAAACUUUCCUUAAAUGAGGAACUGUAUAACCCCAAACGCGUCGUUAUAGAGACGUCUCCAACGGGAGAAAGUUUCUGGAGAUUCGUGCCAAAAGCUCGAAUAGAUGAAGGGGUAGUGGAUGAAGGUGAUUGGCCAAGAGUAAUCGAUAUUUGCGGCAUGCUUUACGAAUGCUCCCAAGAUCAAUGGGAUAUAUACAAGCUAGAUCCUUUGUACGAAUGUCGCGUGCGAGCUCCUCCCGCGUCGUCAACAAUUAUUCGUGUGUCUCCCAAAUCUCCGGAGAGUCCACAAUCAAAUGGAAAAAGGACUUCCAGUAAAGCUGGUAUUCCUCCUCUUAAUCCACGGAAAAAACUGCAUACUGGCAGUGGAAAUUCAUCUCUCGAUUUAGGCUAUGACGAUGAUGAGGUGGAAGAAGUAGAGGACAUGAUCGUCGACCAAACUAUGCCACCGCCACCGCGAGCGAGAUCGGCGAGCCUUCGGAGAAAGCAGGUGGAAGAAGAUCUGUUUCGUACAACAUUCACCUAUAAACAAACCGCUCAAAGGAAGCGGACGCGAAAAACAUCUCCUGGUGCAGCCAAACGUGAACUAGACAUCCAACGUGCAAAACGGGAACGACGACGACGGGACAGGCAGCAAGCCAAAGUCAUCGGUCGUAGACAGCAAUGGCACGAACAGUUUAUGCAAGAAGUGUAUGCUGAAGUGCCCGAUUUCAAAUCGCCAUCGAACGGUUCCGAGGACGAAAACUGGAACGGAGGACCUUCUACCGACACUUCUUUCGACGACGACGCCGCGAGAGUAGCUGCCAUAGCUGAAUCACGACGUAAACUCGCAGAGCUUGAAGCUGAUCGUCCGCUCUGGGAAGAAGAAGCUAGAAAGCGUGCUUUACGUCAGAGGGUAGAAGAAGAAUCACAGCGCUUGAAGGCGGAGGAGCGCAAAUGGGCUGAUAUGAAGCGUGCUGAAGUUGAAGCACGUCAGGCUGAGAUGCAUCGAAAAGCCCAGGAAACCGCAGAGCGAACUGAGGAGCAGCAGGAUGCGAAACUUCGGGAGGAGGCUAUCAAACGACAACGGGAGAGACGGCAACGUGAGCAACGGUGGGCAUACGGUCACUGGACACCGAUUCGCGCUUUGGAGAGGUACAGGGUCUUAAGUGAGGCCUUUGACACAACCAAGUUCAAUGUUUACGACCCCUUAACCUUUCAUGUUAUUCCCUGGCCCAUUCUUAACCCUCCUGCCAAAAUGUCUGUAGAAGACGUCGACUGGAAUGCCGUCGAACUUUUCUUCGAGUCUGUCAGGCCACAUAUGCGUUCACAAGAUUUCAAGUCAUUUGUUGAAAAAAGUCAGCGCAGGUUUCAUCCGGAUAGGUGGAGGUCGCGAGGACUAUUGAGGACCGUAGCUGACGAGGCCGAAAGAAGUUGCUUGGAAGUUGGAGAUCCAUCGUUUUCACCAAGUGACCUCGGUAUAGCUCGAACUGGCGCUUCACAUAUGUCCUCAGGCAACUCCCUCUCAUCAACUGUGAUAACACUUUCAAACGGUCCCAGUCGAGGUCCUCAUAGUGCCGGGCCAUCUUUCAAUGCAUUCUUCCCAGAAUCUAUACCAGAGAGGCGAGAACAUCAGGUCAUUGCAUCCAUGCCCGCUUCACCUCGUAUUCCUCCACCUGCUAUCCUUCAUCCUCCAUCGACUCCAAUACCAACAAAUGUACAAACGUAUAACACAGCACGUGGUCCGCCGCCGCGGAGACCAGUUUAUCCACCGAACCAUUCGACCAUUGCCAGACUCCUACGCUUUUUCGGAUAUGGGAAUGAUGCUUCCAAGGUUCGCAAACAACUAGUUUCUUUAAUAUGGAGCUUGGGAUGGGGCUUUGCUCAGAUGGUCAGCAUCGUCGUUGUAUUGGCAUCGUCUGCCCCCAAAGCGAGUCCUACAGUUCCAGGAGCUAACGAAUGGACUGCCUGUGAACGGCCGCUCGGCGUUUGGUCUUGUCUUUGGCUAGCUCGCGUCAUCGUAGCAUGCGUGUUGGCCUACUGGGGAUGGACUCGAGACCGAUCAACUCAGAGUAGGAAUGCCCGUAUCGAUCCUGAAUCAGGCCAACGCGCGUCCAACUCGGAACAUCCGGGGCAAAUACGUUCCCAUAAUUCCCAGCAACCUCCUUCGCCUGGCACUCAUUCACCACAAACACAAAAUGCUAACCUUCCCCACACAGUCAUGUUCAGAAGAUUAUCACUCUUUUCUUCAAUGUACAGUCUAACUUGGUUUCUCACGGCCCACAUAUUGGUCUACACCUCCAUAAAAACCUGUCGAUUUUCUUCCCCGCACAUUUGGUGGCUCGUCUUUGCUAUCCUUUGUACAACGUAUCUGAUCAUAUUGGAAGUAAUUAUUCUGGGUCUGAUUGUCUUUGUCUUUGCACCGGUCGUCUUUUUGAUAUGGAAUAUAUUCCUCCUUUGCAUUGGACGACAUCCGUUACAGAAUCCUCAGAUGAUCAAGCCGGAUAUCGGGAAACUCCCUAAAAGCUUCGUCGACCGAAUCCCUUUAGUUAUGUACAUUCCUCCACCUCCCGAUGCGUCUCCUAUGGAAGGACCUAUACAAGUACCCCCAAGCAUAUAUUCCUAUCCACCCAAAUCUCCAGUAAAAAGGACGGAAAUCUCUGCUAAGACACGCUUCAGAUUUAUCAAAUUCAGAAAAUUUUCUUCCAAAUCCGACAAGAUGUCUAUUGAUGGCACGACAGAUAGUUCAAAGCAGGAGAAAUCGACAAAACCUGGCUCUUGGGAAGACAAUUGGGACACUGAAGGAUAUCCUUUUGUCGUUCUCGAUGACAACCGUGCUGCAUGUGCUAUCUGUUUGCUAGACUUCGAAGAGCCCACGCGGCUACAUCCUAUAGGUGAAGAACAAUCAAAAGUAGUGGAAUCUGAGCCGAACGGCGGGCCAGCUAAAGUGGAAGUUAUUUCGGAGGAAGAGCGCGAGAGCAAUGAGCUCAGAUUGGCCGAUGUAGGUGAAGGUGCACAGCCCCUUAGACUUCUUAAGUGCGGCCAUGUAUUCCACAAGACUUGCCUAGACCCGUGGUUGACAGACGUUUCUGGACGGUGUCCUGUGUGUCAGAGACAGGUGGAAUUACCGGAGCCUGAAAAGCAGAAAAAGGAAAGAAGACGGUGA